AGAGCUUAAUUAUAAUUUAUAUGAUCAUGUUGAUAUAAUGUUAUUAAUUGAUGCGAUAUUUGGUGAAGUUUGAUUAUUAAUUAGGCGGGCAGUCGGUGUACAGUCUAUACAUUAUAUUAUAAUUUGUAUUAAUCUAAAGUCAACCUUCAAAAGUUGAAUGUUCACUUUCGAAACAUUUAGUAGUUAUUUGGUAUUCAAGCAGUUUAUAUACAGAGUUCUUUUAUCAAAAAAAACCUUUUUUUUUUUUUUGUUUCUCUUUUUUAGUAUUUUUAAGUAUGUAUUUUAUUGUUGUUUCUUCUGGGCACGUACGAGACACACUAUAUAAUGCUCACAAAAUCGUAGAUAUAUAAACAUCUAAUUAUUAGUUGAAAGAAGCUUUCAUGGCAAAAUCAAGCUUUGUCCUUAUCGUUCUUUUAUGCAGUUUAAUAAUUCCAACAAAAUGUUAUGGUCAUUAUUCUGAAAGAUCAGCAGAUGUAGCUGCCAGCUUGUUUAUAUUCGGCGAUUCGUUUUUUGAUGCAGGAAAUAAUAACUAUAUCAACACUUCAGGUCAAGCUAAUUACUAUCCAUACGGUGAAACCUUCUUUAACUACCCAUCUGGUAGAUUUUGUGAUGGCCGAAUUCUUCCCGAUUUUAUUGCUGAGUACGCUAAUCUGCCAUUCAUUCCACCUUAUUUAUUCCCUGGAAAUCAUGACUUUAAAUAUGGGGCGAACUUUGCAUCAGGAGGAGCUGGUGCUCUCAAUGAAACUAGACAAGGAUUUGUGAUAAACCUCAAAACUCAACUUGGUUAUUUAAAGAAGAUUAGCAAUCAGCUGAAACAACAAAUGGGUUACACAGAUGCCAAAACUCUGUUUUCAAAAGCAGUUUACAUCUUCAGUGUUGGGAGCAAUGAUUACUCAUACCCUUUCGAUACUAACCCCGCCGUUCUAAAUUCUCACACAACCCAACAGUAUGUGGGAAUGGUCAUAGGCAACAUAACUGAAGUUAUUCAGGAAAUUUACAACAUUGGAGGAAGAAAAGUUGGGUUUCUAAGUUUGGGUCCCAUCGGGUGUGCACCAUUCGCCAGAGUGCUUAAUAAGAGUGGUGCCUGUUUUGAAAAAUUCACACCCUUUUUAAAAUUACACAACAAACAACUCUCUAUAGCUCUCAAAGAUUUACAGUCAAAGCUCAAAGGAUUCAAAUACUCACUUGUUGACGUUUACUCAUUUAUGGAAGAACGAAUAAACCACCCCUCAAAAUAUGGUUUUAAAGAAGGGAAGGUAGGAUGCUGUGGAAGUGGUCCGUACAGAGGAAAUUCGAGCUGUGGAAGUAAGAGAGGAGAGAAAAAAUAUGAACUAUGUGAGAAUGUCAAAGACUAUGUGUUCUUUGACAAUGGUCAUCCCACAGAAAAACUAUACAAUCAACUUGCCACAGAAGCAUGGAGUGGAAAGCCUAAUAAUCCAGGGACUUACAAUCUCGAAGCAUUAUUUCAAUCCAACUAAAAUUGGGAGAAACAUUCUCUAAUUUUAAAUGUCUCUUUCAGUCGUUUUUAGGUGUUCUAUUGUAUUCUCUGUCCCUCUCUCUGUUUGCAUGUUACUUUUGUCAUCUUCUAUCCUCAUAAUGAUGUUUAUUCUUUGUAAUUAUCUUAUGUUUCUAAGUUUUAUUGACUUGAAAAAGCCAAAAUAUCUCAUCCCUCUAAACUUAUCAUGUUAACUGAAGUGUAUAUUUUCACUGGGACUUGGUCUGUCAAAUGAACUUUAUUUCGUUAUU